AUGAGCGUCCUCUUCACUUCCAUCUCGGACGCGAAUCCCGUCACCGUUGAGGAUGUGCGCAGCUCGUUUGGCAAGCUCGGCGUGACGGUGACGCCGGAAGAGGAGGCCGACUACUUCAAGCUGCUCGCUGGCCUUCACGACGCCGCCAAAAUCGUCGACGCCCUCCCCGACUACGUCCCUCAAGUCGACCUGCAGAGGUUCCCCCGCAGAAACUUGCAUCGUCCAUCCGCUGAAGAGCAGGUCCUCGGUGCUGCUUGGGCACAUACCUUCUCCAUCAACGACCCGUCCACCAACGGCCCCUUGACCGGCAAGACUCUCUGCUUGAAAGACUGCAUCGCCGUUGCAGGCGUGCCGCAGCUGCUCGGCACCGAUUCCAUAGGUCCGUGGACACCCGACUCCGAUGCCACAGUCGUGACGUGGGCGCUUGAAGCAGGCGUUGAGGUUGUCGGCACCGCCAAUUGCGAGAAUUGGUGCCAGAGCACCUCGAGUUUCAGCAGCUCUCAUGGCACCGUCGAGAACCCAUUUGCAAAGGGCUACUCGGCCGGUGGGAGCACCUCUGGAGCGGCCGCCCUUGUGGCUGCUGGUCUCGUCGACCUCGCCAUUGGCGCCGACCAAGGCGGCAGCAUUCGAGUCCCCGCUGCCCUCUGUGGAUGUGUUGGCCUGAAGCCCACCCACGGAUUAGUGCCUUACACCGGAAUUGCCUCCAACGACGCCAACAAUGACCACGCCGGUCCCCUGGCACGUACUGUCAUGGAUGCUGCUCUGUGCUUGGAUGCCAUUUCGGGGUACGAUGGCAUCGAUGACCGAGGCCUGGGCGCGCCGAGACACGGCAGCACCACCUUUGCUGCAGACCUCGCCUCACAGGACCGUAAUGACGCCCAGAACUUGUCUGGAUUCCGUGUUGGUAUAUUGAAGGAAGCCUUCGAGCAGGCCAUUGUCGAACCGAGGAUGCGAAAGGCAGUCUUGGAUGCAGCCAACAAGUUCUCUGCACUCGGUGCAACGGUCGAAGAGGUAUCGAUACCGGAUCACCUCCUCGGCACUGCCAUCUGGACAGUUGAGCAGCGUGUUUCAGGCUGCCUAUCAAUGAUGGGAAAGGCUGCUGGCCGUCGCGGCCUGGGCUUGACGAAGCUUGAGGAAGCCCGACUCCCUUGGACCCAGGAGAAAUUCGACAAGCUCUUCCCGACCACCAAGAACAUCUUCUUGAAUGGAAUUUAUCUGAUGGAAAAGUUUCCCACGCUGUACGCGAAGGCGCAGAAUUUGGGCCGCAGGCUGCGCGACGAGUAUGAGGAAGCACUGAAAAAGUACGAUGUCCUCAUUCUGCCAACAACAAGCUUUGUCGCCCCGAAACAUGGCCAAUGGACAACUCCGAUCGAAACCAUAUCUCCAACUAUUGGGCUGACUAGCAACACGACCAUGUUUGAUGCCACUGGUCAACCGGCCAUGAGUAUUCCGAUCGGCUGGCUACCAGCCCAAGAGGAUCCAAACGUCAUGCUUCCUGCUGCUAUGCAGAUCGUGAGCGGCUUGUGGCAGGAUGGAAAAGUUCUCCGGGCCGGCCACGCAUGGCAAAAGGCAUACGACUGGAAAGAGAUCAAGUGUGAAGACGUAAAGCCUUGA